AUGUCUUUCAUUAAUCAUAAUCCACCGGAUCAAGGUAUCGCACUGUUGAGCCCCAAGCACGAGGGUAUCAACGAGAAAGCCACCCCAACCGUGCUGGCAGCUCUAGGCGAGCCCAAAGUCAGUGAAGAAAGCCUCGGUGAAAGUGACAGAGCCAUUAUGACCAUCGUGACCGGUGCUGUUUUCUUGACUCAGAUAUAUGACACCGUAUUGGGUGGCUUUAUCAGCUAUACCAUCAUGAUAUCCAUCGUGACUAGGAACAAAGCGCUUCUUGUUAAUGGCAAUGGAGACGCCUCCUGGGGCGGAGCAAAUAUACAGGCGUACGAUACCAAUGCAACCUCCUGGGCCUUGGCUUCUUAUCUUUACAAGAUUGGGGCCCAAUACCAGAUGGUGCCUAUUGGCAUGGCCAUCGGGGCUGCUGCCGUCGUCGUUCAGUUUGUUUCCGAAGUCAGAGGCUUCAAAACCGCUGAAAUCAACAUUCCUCAGAUCGUCCAAUACGCUGGGUUCAUUUCUUACAACCAGAGUCAGACUUGUCUCAUCUUCAGCUUGAUGGUCUCGGGGCUCUUCGUGCAGUACUAUCUCUGA